AUGGGAGAGAGGUCCUCGCACCUCGCAAGGUUUCGGCACCGCUAUAUAAACGCGUCCAUUAGACUAGCUCUUUACAACCAGAAAACAACUCCGGUCAACAUGAACACUUUGAUUUGCGCUGUCUUCGCCGUCAUCGCGGUUUCCGCAUCCGCCGCGCCAGUUGACAACACGCCAGUGCCUAUAAUAGCGUACAGCGCCGAUGGACCGAACGUAGAUGGCUCGUACGUCUUCACCUACGAAACUGGAAACGGCAUUAAGGUGGAGGAGCACGGUCAGUUGAAACAAGUGAACGACACGAAUUCGGUAGUGGUCGUUCAAGGAUCGUUCAGUUAUCCAAAUGCAGAGGGAUCUCCUGUCGCGUUGACGUACGUCGCCGACGAAAAUGGCUUCCAGCCGCAAGGUGAACACCUUCCAACCCCUCAUCCGAUCCCGGCCGCGAUUCUCAAAGCUUUGGAGUACAUCGCAGCCCAUCCGGAGCAAGACAGUGCGCGCUGAUCUACGCAACACGCGAAUAACAAUAAAAGUAGAAAUAAGGCGUAAUUGACCCGACGAUGGAUCGAGUGCGAAAGUUUCGAGGCUCAUCGUUACGCAGUGUAUUUUUGUUUUUUUUUUUUUAUAUAGACUUUACUUAAUUUUUCUAUUUUUUUUUUCGUCAUUGAAUCGUCAAAUGUUAUUAAUGUAGUGAGUCGUGAAACAACGCGACAUUAUUUGCUUGACAUUAUUUUUUUUUUUUUAAAAGAUAUGGAUAUGUAAUUAGAGUUAUAA